CAGCGGCGGCGGGAGGGGAUCGGGAGGCCCGGGCGGCGCGUGCGGCCAGGCUGGAGAGCGGCUGCAGCUCGCCCGGGUCGCGCCGACUGAGACCCUUCGCGGUGCGCGCGAGUGGCGAGGACUAGGCGGCCGGUGCCGACGCGCGCGAGCAGCGAGGGGGCACGGCCAUCGCGACAGCGGCCGCGCAUCCCCCUCCCUCCUUCUUCGUGACAACCCCCCCCCCCCCGCGCCCCACGCGGCCGCAGAAGGAGAUCAGAGUCUCCAAGUGGCCAGAGAGCGGGGAAGGGGGCGCCGCGGAGGCCUGGCCAGCGGGACCGUCGCCUUUUGUGGGCGCAACGCGCACGGCCGCGAGCGCCCUUCCCCCGAGGCGCUCUACCCCCGGAAGCUUUGUCGCACCGCUCGGCCCUGGAGAGGACGCGCAGAGAAGGGAAAAGCCGGGGUUCGAAAGCUCGCGUGGAGGAGCUCCUGAGAGCGCCACCCGCCCGGCUUCCACCUCCGUAUCCUCCAUCCGCCUCGGUCCCCGGGCCACCGCAUCUCUGGGGCUGCCGCUGCACUCCGGCCGGAGCCCAGCCGCCUGCGCUGCGGCCCGCACACACGCACACGCGUGCACACACACACACGCACACGCACACACACACACACACACACACACACACACACACACACGCACACACAUAGCUCGGCGCGCACGCACGCCCGCCCUUCUCCCCGCCCCCUCCCCAGCUCCUUGAUCUCCCGUCUGUUUUAUUACUCCUGGUGCGAGUCCGGCGGACUCGGAGGCCCGCUAUUUGUUACCAGCUCGCUCUCAUUGGCGGGGAGCGCAGAGCAGCGGAGAAGGGGGUGGGGAGGGGAGGGGAAGGGAAGGGGUGGCCACUGCCCGGAGCCGUCUCCGCGCUGCUGUUGGUGCUCCGCUGCUGCUGCCGCCGCCGCCUCCGGCUCCUCGCUCGGCCCCUCUCCGCCUCCAUGUGCCGGAUAGCGGGAGCGCCGCGGACCCUGCUGCCGCUGCUGGCAGCCCUGCUUCAGGCGUCUGUGGAGGCUUCUGGUGAAAUUGCAUUAUGCAAGACUGGAUUUCCUGAAGAUGUUUACAGUGCAGUCUUACCGAAGGAUGUACACGAAGGACAGCCUCUUCUCAAUGUGAAAUUCAGCAACUGCAAUCGAAAAAGAAAAGUUCAGUAUGAGAGCAGCGAGCCAGCAGAUUUCAAGGUGGAUGAGGAUGGCACGGUGUAUGCUGUGAGAAGCUUCCCUCUCACCGCAGAGCAGGCAAAGUUCCUGAUAUAUGCCCAAGACAAAGAGACCCAGGAAAAGUGGCAGGUAGCCGUAAACCUGAGCCUGGAGCCAGCCCUCACUGAAGAGCCUGCGAAGGACCCACAUGAAAUCGAAGAAAUAAUAUUCCCCAGACAACUCGCCAAGCACAGCGGUUCCCUCCAAAGGCAGAAGAGAGACUGGGUCAUCCCACCAAUCAACUUGCCAGAAAACUCCAGAGGACCCUUUCCUCAAGAGCUUGUCAGGAUCAGAUCAGAUAGAGAUAAAAACCUGUCCCUGAGGUACAGUGUCACGGGGCCGGGAGCGGACCAGCCUCCGACGGGCAUCUUCAUUAUCAACCCCAUCUCAGGACAGCUGUCAGUCACCAAGCCUCUGGAUCGCGAGCUGAUAGCACGGUUUCAUUUGAGGGCACACGCAGUGGACAUCAAUGGCAAUCAAGUGGAGAACCCCAUCGACAUUGUCAUCAAUGUCAUUGACAUGAAUGACAACAGACCUGAAUUUCUGCACCAGGUUUGGAAUGGGUCUGUUCCAGAGGGAUCAAAGCCUGGGACGUAUGUGAUGACGGUCACUGCUAUUGAUGCAGAUGACCCAAAUGCCCAAAAUGGGAUGCUGAGGUACAGGAUACUGUCCCAGGCUCCCAGCACGCCUUCACCCAACAUGUUUACAAUCAACAAUGAGACUGGGGAUAUCAUCACUGUGGCAGCUGGUCUGGAUCGGGAGAAAGUGCAACAGUAUACGUUAAUAAUUCAGGCCACAGACAUGGAAGGCAAUCCCACUUAUGGCCUUUCAAACACAGCCACAGCGGUCAUCACAGUGACAGAUGUCAAUGACAAUCCUCCGGAGUUUACUGCCAUGACGUUCUACGGCGAAGUCCCUGAGAAUAGAGUGGAUGUCAUUGUGGCCAACCUGACUGUCACUGACAAAGAUCAGCCCCACACACCAGCUUGGAAUGCGGUAUACAGAAUCAGCAGUGGAGACCCUACAGGGAGAUUUGCCAUCCAGACAGACCCCAACAGCAACGAUGGGCUGGUCACUGUGGUAAAACCAAUUGACUUUGAAACGAAUAGGAUGUUUGUCCUUACUGUAGCUGCAGAAAACCAAGUGCCCUUAGCCAAGGGAAUUCAGCACCCACCCCAGUCGACAGCAACUGUAUCUGUGACAGUUAUUGAUGUCAAUGAAAACCCUUAUUUUGCCCCAAAUCCCAAAAUCAUUCGCCAAGAAGAAGGCCUCCACGCAGGUACCAUGCUGACCACACUCACAGCUCAGGACCCUGAUCGAUAUAUGCAGCAGAGUAUCAGGUACACAAAAUUAUCUGAUCCUGCCAAUUGGCUGAAAAUAGAUCCUGUGAAUGGGCAGAUCACUACAAUUGCUGUUUUGGAUAGAGAAUCGCCAAAUGUAAAAAACAACAUAUAUAACGCUACCUUCCUUGCUUCUGACAAUGGCAUUCCUCCAAUGAGUGGAACAGGAACACUACAAAUCUACUUACUUGAUAUCAAUGACAACGCCCCUCAGGUCUUGCCUCAAGAGGCUGAGACCUGUGAAACCCCAGAACCGAAUUCAAUUAACAUCACAGCACUUGAUUAUGACAUCGAUCCAAAUGCUGGGCCGUUUGCUUUUGAUCUCCCUUUGUCUCCAGUGACUAUUAAAAGAAACUGGACCAUAACCCGGCUUAAUGGUGAUUUUGCUCAACUCAAUUUAAAGAUAAAGUUUUUAGAAGCUGGUAUCUAUGAAGUUCCCAUCAUCAUCACAGAUUCAGGGAAUCCUCCCAAGUCCAAUAUUUCCAUCCUGCGUGUGAAAGUUUGCCAGUGUGACUCCAAUGGAGACUGCACAGAUGUGGACAGGAUUGUAGGUGCAGGGCUUGGCACGGGCGCCAUCAUCGCUAUUCUGCUUUGUAUCAUCAUCCUGCUGAUCCUGGUCCUCAUGUUUGUGGUAUGGAUGAAACGCCGGGAUAAAGAGCGCCAGGCCAAGCAGCUUUUAAUUGACCCAGAAGAUGAUGUAAGAGAUAAUAUUUUGAAAUAUGAUGAAGAAGGUGGCGGAGAAGAAGACCAGGACUAUGACUUGAGCCAGCUCCAGCAACCAGAUACCGUAGAGCCUGACGCCAUCAAGCCUGUGGGGAUCAGACGGCUAGAUGAGAGGCCCAUCCAUGCCGAGCCACAGUACCCUGUCCGAUCUGCAGCCCCACACCCUGGGGACAUUGGGGACUUCAUCAAUGAGGGCCUUAAAGCUGCUGACAACGACCCCACAGCUCCACCAUAUGACUCGCUCUUGGUCUUUGAUUAUGAGGGCAGCGGCUCCACAGCCGGCUCCUUGAGCUCUCUCAACUCCUCCAGUAGCGGUGGGGACCAGGACUAUGACUACCUGAAUGACUGGGGACCCCGCUUCAAGAAGCUGGCCGACAUGUACGGGGGCGGCGAUGACUGACCGACCAGCAGGACGGGACGGACUUGGCUUUUGGACAAGUACGAACAGUUUCACCUGAUAUUCCCAAAAAGCAUACAGAAGCUAGGCUUUAACUCUGUAGUCACUAGCACCGUGCUUGCUGGAGGCUUUGGCGUAGGCUGCGAACCAGUUUGGGCUCCCAGGGAAUAUCAGUGAUCCGAUACUGUCAGCUACACUUGAAUUUUACAGUACAGAAGCACUGGGAUUUUAUGUGCCUUUUUGUACCUUUUUCAGAUUGGAAUUAGUUUUCUGUUUAAGGCUUUAAUGGUACUGAUUUCUGAAACAAUAAGGAAAAGACAAAAUAUUUUGUGGUGGGAGCAGAAAGUUAAACGUGAUAUGCUUCAACACACUUUUGUUACAAUGCAUUUGCUUUUGUUAAGAUACAGAAUGAAAUGAACAGAUUAAAAAAAUUAACUCAUGGAGUGAUUUUGUUACCUUGGGGAGGGGGGGUGAGACCAUGAGAUAGGAAAAAUGUACAUUACUUCUAGUUUUAGACUUUAGGGUUUUUUUUUGUUUUUGUUUUUGUUUUUUUUUCACUAAAAUCUUAAAACUUACGCAGCUGGUUGCAGAUAAAGGGAGUUUUCAUAUCACCAAUUUGUAGCAAAAUUGAAUUUUUUCAUAAACUAGAAUGUUAGACACAUUUUGGUCUUAAUCCAUGUACACUUUUUUAUUUCCUGUAUUUUUUCCACCUCGCUGUAAAAAUGGUGUGUGUACAUAAUGUUUUAUCAGCAUAGACUAUGGAGGAGUGCAGAGAACUCGGAACAUGUGUAUGUAUUAUUUGGACUUUGGAUUCAGGUUUUUUGCAUGUUAAUAUCUUUCGUUAUGGAUAAAGUAUUUACAAAACAAAGUGACAUUUGAUUCAACUGUUGAGCUGUAGUUAGAAUACUCAAUUUUUAAUUUUUAAUUUUUUUAAUUUCUUUUUUAUUUUCUUUUUUUGUUUUGUUUUGUUUUGUUUGGGGGAGGGAUAAAAGUUCUUAGCACAAAUGUUUUACAUAAUUUGUACCAAAAAAAAUUACACACAAAAAAAGAAAAGUAAAGUAAAAGGGGGUGGCCUGGUACUGACAGCAUUAGCAAGUGUGUGUUUUUUAAAAACAAAACAAAUAAACAAAAAAAUAAAUAAAAAGAGAAAAAAGGGGAAAAAAAGCUUUUAAACUGGAAAGACCCUGACAACGGCUUUGCGUCUGUGUUGUGUACCAGAUUAUAAACAAUACACCUCUGACCCCAGCGUUCUGAAUAAAAUGCUAAUUUUGGAUCUGG